AUGCACCUGGGAUUUGUUGUUUUUUUCAUAGCUGUUGCUCCGGUCUAUCUAAAGAAAGAGGCUCGAGAUCCACAGGAACCUAAUGAAAAUCCCAAUAGUAGAUUAUGUCCAAACAAUAAGAUUUUACUGGAUACAUUAAGAUACUUAAAAGAAAAUUUAAUUGAUGAUACAAGUUUGACUUUAAGUCCAGAUAAUUUCAAACAAGUGUUAGACACUACGAUACAAUAUUUAAACUCAACUUAUGGAAGUGAUGAUAUCACCGAUAACCAUACAUCGCAUUUGAAGACAAUACUUGAAAACUUCAAUCACAGGGAGAAGAAAGAGGUGCUUAGAAGUGAUUAUCAUUUUGGAGUUCCACCAGAUACACUAAAGGGAAGAAUAGGCCUACAAUUUGAAUUGCCAACAAUAAACCAUCCCGACUGUGAAACACUUUUCAAAGCUAUUGUUAAUGCCAUUAAUGCAGCUUACCAACAGUUGAAUAACUUUUGUCUAGAAUCCGGUAAAUGCAAUUCACAAGGUAAUAAUAUUUUGCAUCUUGGAAAUGUAGGUUGGCGAGGUGCACCUAUAUUUCCACAGGUAAAUAAUUUACCGUCCUCGAAUCAGUUAAUCAAUCGAACUAAUAUAAUUGAUUUCUUAGGAUCGUAUCCACAAAACGGUGAUGUAAUAAACUCACUCCAAAAUUAUAGGCCGAAUACGGAAUAUACCGUCGAAAGUAUUUCAAUAAUUAAAAAUAACAUCCCAAAUGUUCCUCCACCUUCAGCUCAAGGCAAUUUAUUUCAUCAGGUUCAAGAUGAUAAACUGAAAAAUGACAACCAAAACCCAGAUCCCUUGACUAUACUUCAGAGUUUUAGGCCGAAGUACAUUGAGAUGAUUAAAAAUCAUGGAUUACCUGUUCCUCAAGAAGUACAAAUAAAUUCUGCUCCUGGUCUUCAAGAGAAUGGAAAUUUAUGGAAUCUCUUUCAACAUUUUAAACCAAACACGUCUGUUGCUGUAAAGGAAAUUUUGCCUCCUUCUGGACACCUAGUUUCAACAGUAAAUAAUGAAGAUAGUACUGGAAAUUGGAAUGACCUAACCAGAGAUCAGGGAUUAGUAGAGGCUCUGACGGUUUUAAAUCAGCCUACAGGAUAUAUAAGUGUACCAGGCCCUCAGGACGUAAUGAACCAACCUAACGGUAUCUUUCAAAUUCAAAAUUAUACUUUACUCGAAAAUAAUUACACUACACCGACUACCUUUUUUACAUCUCAGUUCAAUAUGAAACCCGUUUACAAUAAUGGAGAUGCAACACAAGUGAACAAGAACAUUGUGGACCUAACAGCCAAUAUACCAUGGGACAACAACUUACGCCUAAAUGCAAACGUUCCAAUUUUUUCACAUAAUGUCCUCAACAGGAAUAUACCUACACCGCAGUCGGGAUUUAAUGUUCCUUAUAUUGAGCAAAAUAUGGGUGUUGUGCCUAGUUAUGAAGGUAAUGGGUUUAAUUUGAAGCCUCCCAUGAAUAUUCAAACUGGAAAGUACUAUGCUAAUGUCCAAGGGCAACCGCAAGUAAGUCAAAAUGGUAAACAAUAUUUAAAUCCGAGCUUCUAUAACCGAAUAAAACAAUAUUAUCCUAGUGCACCUGUCAACCCUAAUCUGAAACUUCCAACUUCAAAUAUGUUUAUAGAAAAAUAUAUUUCUAAUCCGCAAUUUUCAAAUUGGCAUCGAAAUCAGGAAAUUGUACAAAAUCCUUUUCAAUAUCGUGGCAUGACAAAUUUACCGAAUAAUAUCUUAAAUGUAAAUCAAUUUCCGCAUUAUCAAUCGGGAGCUCCAAUUUCAGAUUACACAUUUGCAAAUCCUAAUAUUUCUAAAGAGUUGAGCGAUUUGAAUCGCCCAACUAUGACGAAUUGGGCUAAAUUGAACAUCGCACCUAAUAAAAAUGGCAUUGUUGAGCUAACGUUUGCGUUACAGCGUCCACAAUCUUUUGUUUAUAAACCUCUGUACUACGUCAAGUAUAGACUUCCGUAUCAAACGUAUAAGUAUAACGUCCAAAACAUUCUUCAAAAAAGACCAUUAUUACGUAACAGCCCGGCUAAAUUAUUUGAAGAGUUAAUUGAAGUUGCUAAUAUCAGUGAAUCAUCGCAAGACCUAAAACAUUUAGCAAAAGAGGAAAUAUCUAAACUAGUUGUUACUAACGGUGCGUUAGUGAAAGCUAAGAUGAUAGAUGAAUUGGGAGACAAAAAAGCGACUAUAGAAAAUGAUAUAAAAAGCGUACUACAUUUAGCUUCGAAUUUUAAUCCGGAAGAAAUGCUAAAUGCUACAAAAAGGGCUUUAUAUCAAGUGGAAGAAGUAAUAAAUACUACAGUUUCAAAUACAAUUAAACCUAACGAAGACAAUGAAACCUCCGAGUUACCGGUUAAAGUUUUAAAUACCAGGUCUAUAGGAUAUGAAUUUUAUCCACAUUUAUCUAGCUCCAAUAAUUUAGGAGUCCGUCCAUAUAUUACGAAAAAUAAUGUAGAAAUGCCCACAAACCUUUUAACUAGAACUGGCAUUUUUACAUAA